GAAAGUUAAUUUCACGAAUAGUAUCCAUGUAGUCUUCGCUCAACAACAACGAAUUUUCCUGUACUUUUGGUGAAAUUGUCAACAUUGUAUCGCAUCUCUAAGAUCACUUCGAACCGGAACUUGGAAUUACAGGUUAUACAAUAGAAUGGCGAAGACAUCAUCAUCUGCUCAACAUUAUCUAGAGUGUGACAAUUGUGAAGAAAAUCCUGCACAAUACUUCUGUAAGAUGUGUGCAGGUCACCUAUGUGAAACGUGUAAAAGCGACCAUGGAAAGAGAAAAAUAACUCGAAAUCAUGAAAUUGUUUCCAUGACAUCAAACAACGAAAACCUAGUAGAUCUUAUGUAUUGUUCCACUCAUACAAAUAAGAAACUGGAAUGUUACUGCAACCUUUGUAAAGAACCAGUAUGCACAGAUUGCAUUAUUCGAUCUCAUAAUGGACAUUCUGUAAAAUCUUUGUCUACCAUUUACAAUGAAUUAACAGAUCACUGUAAGAACAGAAAAAAAGAAAUAGAAAAUGUACUGCUUCCAAAGCAUAGAGAGGUGCUUGCUAAAGAAAUAGAAAAACGAUCAGCAUUUACAAUGAAAGCCGACGAAAUUCAGAAGAAAAUUGAUGCACAUACACAAGAUGUAGCUAAGAUGGUAAAACAUAUUGGCGAACAGACUGUUGAAAGUUUACGAAACGCAGAAAAAGACGGGCUGCGGGAAAUGGAUAAAUUCACAGACAGCAUAAAAGAGAAAAUUAACCAACUUCAGCUCAUGAGUAUACAAAUAUCAGAAGAACUUGAAGCCAAACCUGAUAUUUCUUUUUUUAUGUUUACCAAAUGUAAUGAGCUGGACAACUUUCAAUCCUUACCUACACCUGUUGAUUACACACUGACCGAUUUUCAGCCUCAGCACAUAGAUAAAGAAAUGAGCCUUGGAAAACCACCAGUUCUGCAAAGUUCCCAACAAAAGCCUCAGCACAAAUAUAAAGAGAUGAGCCUUGGAAAACCACCAGUUCUGCAAAGUUCCCAACAAAAGGUAAAAUGUUGUGUUUAAUUAGAUAAAAACCCUAUAUAACAUUUAUUAGGAAAAACGUUAUGUGGGCACAUAAGACUGGUCUGUUUGUCUGUUAAUAUGUGUGUUUGCUAUUAUUGGAAAGCAUAUAUUUCUCACCUUUGUCCUAUCAUUCCUAACACUGUUUU